CACCUGAGGGCUCAUACCUGAUGGAAAAUCAUAUUCUCAGUUUUCAAACCCAAGAUCAAAAUGAUUCUUUACCCUCUAAAUUCCCAUUUUAGCCUUUCAAAAUAUCGAAUGAAAAUGAAAAAUCUCGUUGGGUAUUUUGGUAAUCCUAAUCCAUAGUCCAUUGAUGCCACGAUUUUAGCUCCAGCAGUCAAUCUGUCGGUUUUAAAUGUUUCUGGGGACCCUCUGCGUUUUUCCAGUCUAUCUUUUAUGGUCAUUAAUUGACCACAACUCUCUAAUCUCUCCUUUUCUCUUUCUCUAUCUCACUCUCUUUCUCUCUAUUUCUUUUACAUUUAUCCUUCAAACAUAUUGACCACCAAUUCAUAAUAACACCUUCAAAGUUUACUCCAAUACAAAGGCAAACCAUGGCAAACAUUAAACUAUGCAACUUACUCUUGCUACUCUUCUGCUUUAUCCUUGCAGCAUUUGUUACUCAAGGAUCCAGAACUCAUCAAGAACUUCUUCCUAAUAAUCCAAGAACCUUUAUCUCAUCAGGAGGAUCACAUUUUCGGAUUGGUAGUGAAGGACAGACUUCAAGGAAUUCAAGGAGAUUGAUGAUCGGAUCCACGGCUCCUACUUGCACUUACAAUGAAUGCAGAGGAUGCAAAUACAAGUGCAGGGCUGAGCAAGUUCCAGUGGAAGGAAAUGACCCCAUAAAUAGUCCAUACCACUACAAAUGUGUUUGUCAUAGGUGAUGGAUGGACAAAUCAAAUUAUAAUUAUAUGGAUAUAUAUAAUGUUUAUCAGUUCAUUAGUUGAUGAGUGGGUUAAUAUAUAAUGAUAAUUAUAAUUAUAAUUACAAUUAUAAUUAUAAUUAUUGUGAUUUUUGUAUCAAGAAAAAUAUGUGAGGGAAAUAUGAGUGGUGCUAGGAUUAUUAGCUAGCUGUUAUAGCGUUCACUGGACUGGAUGCUUGAAUUUUUGCAUGUUGAAAGGAUUUUUCAUGCUC